CUUUUGUCGUUUCAGUUUGGUGGCCCUGUCUAAAUAAUAUACUUUAGUUUCUCUUUCGGGAUUCUUCGUCCUCCUCCACUUACAUACUUUCUUUUGGUCCAUGCUUGCUUAGAAAAAGGUAAUUCUUUUCCUAUAAGUUUCACUGUUUUAUGUUAAUACAACGUUAUCAGCAACCCCUCUCAAGCUAGAAGACUGUUUUCUGGGUAUCAUGAAAAGUCGCUCUGUUUUCGUGUUGCCAUGAGAAAUGAGGAAUUGCUUGCUUCUGUUUGAUUUUCUUUUUUCACAGAGAGGUAAAGAAAGUUUUAAAAGUUAAAUUGGAGGAAGUUUCAGUUCUGUUUUGAAGAUAUUAAAGUUAAAAUGGCAUAUCAAAGAAGGGGAUCUGAUGCUCAGCCUCAAAGGCGAAUCUUGCGGACUCAGACCGUUGGUAAUUUGGGGGAGUCGAUGAUGGACAGUGAGGUGGUCCCUUCGUCUCUCGUCGAGAUUGCACCAAUUCUCCGUGUCGCCAAUGAAGUUGAGCCCAUUAAUCCCAGAGUUGCUUACCUUUGUCGGUUCUAUGCUUUCGAGAAAGCUCACCGUCUAGAUCCAACAUCUAGUGGACGUGGAGUCCGUCAAUUCAAAACUGCACUGCUUCAACGCCUUGAAAAGGAAAACGUGACAACUUUGAACGCAAGAAAAGGGAGUGAUGCUCGUGAAAUGAAGAAUUUUUAUCAGCAUUAUUACAAGAAGUAUAUUGAGGCUUUGCAGUAUGCUGCUGAUAAAGCGGAUCGUGCCCGACUGACGAAAGCAUAUCAAACAGCUGCUGUGCUAUUUGAGGUCUUAAAGGCUGUUAAUUUGACGGAAUCGAUUGAAGUGGAUGAUGAGAUCUUGGAGAAACACACUAAGGUUGAGGAAAAGGCUAAGAUAUUAGUCCCGUAUAAUAUACUUCCAUUAGACCCAGAAAGUUCACAUCAAGCAAUCAUGAGAUAUCCCGAGAUUCGAGCUUCUGUUGCUGCCCUUCGGAAUACAAGAGGUCUUCCAUGGCCAAAGGGACAUACUAAAAAAGUAGAUGAAGAUAUUUUAGACUGGCUCCAGGCUAUGUUUGGUUUUCAGAAGGAUAAUGUGGCAAAUCAACGGGAGCACUUAAUUCUAUUGCUAGCAAAUGUGCACGUUCGACAAUUUUUUCCUAGACCUGAUCAACAGCCCAAGUUGGAAGAUCGGGCACUUACAGAAGUCAUGAAGAAACUUUUCAAGAACUAUAAAAAAUGGUGCAAGUAUCUUGGUCGUAAGAGUAGCCUUUGGAUGCCAACCAUCCAACAGGAAAUGCAGCAACGGAAAUUGUUAUACAUGGGUCUAUAUCUUCUUAUCUGGGGGGAAGCUGCAAACUUAAGAUUUAUGCCAGAAUGCCUCUGUUAUAUUUAUCAUCAUAUGGCAUUUGAACUUUACGGUAUGCUGGCUGGAAGUGUGAGCCCCAUGACUGGUGAGCAUAUCAAGCCUGCCUAUGGUGGUGAAAAUGAGGCUUUCUUGAGGAAAGUUGUGACUCCAAUCUAUGACACUGUAGCUAAGGAAGCUAGAAGGAUCAAAGAGAAAUCCAAACAUUCUCAGUGGAGAAACUAUGAUGAUCUAAAUGAAUACUUCUGGUCAGUUAAUUGCUUCAAACUAGGUUGGCCAAUGCGUGCUGAUGCUGAUUUCUUCCGUCUUCCUAUCGGACAGCUCCGGGCAGAAAAAAGUGAGAACCAGGAAUCAUUAAAAGGAGACCGAUGGAUAGGCAAAAUCAACUUUGUUGAGAUACGCUCAUUUUGGCACAUUUUUAGAAGUUUUGAUAGAAUGUGGAGUUUUUUUAUCUUGUGCUUACAGGCUAUGAUUAUAAUUGCUUGGAAUGGAUCUGGUGAUAUAGGCACUGUAUUUGCGGGAGAUGUGUUCAAGAAAGUCUUGAGCAUUUUCAUAACAGCUGCAAUACUAAAACUUGCUCAAGCUGUUCUCGAUAUCAUUAUGAGCUGGAAAGCAAGGCUGAACAUGUCUUUACAUGUAAAGCUAAGAUAUAUACUGAAGGUUGUUUCUGCAACGGUCUGGGUGAUUGUGUUGCCGGUAACAUAUGCUUAUAGCUGGAAAAAUCCUUCAGGAUUUGCGCAGGCCAUUAAAAACUGGUUUGGCAAUGGUGACGGUUCACCUUCGUUGUUCAUCAUAGCAGUUUUAAUUUACCUGUCUCCUAACAUGCUCUCCGCAUUGUUAUUUUUGUUCCCAUUUAUCCGACGGUCCCUUGAAAGGUCGGAUUACAAAAUUGUGAGGUUCAUGAUGUGGUGGUCCCAGCCUCGGCUUUAUGUUGGGAGGGGCAUGCAAGAGAGCUCCUUCUCUGUUUUUAAAUACACUUUAUUCUGGGUCCUCCUAUUGGCAGCAAAGUUGGCAUUUAGUUACUAUGUUGAGAUAAAGCCUCUUGUAGGUCCUACAAAAGAAAUUAUGAAUGUUCAUAUAUCAAAUUACCAAUGGCACGAGUUCUUUCCUCGAGCAAGAAACAACAUUGGAGUAGUGAUUGCUCUUUGGGCCCCUGUGAUCAUUGUCUAUUUCAUGGACACUCAGAUUUGGUACGCUAUUUUCUCCACAAUAUUUGGAGGUAUAUAUGGAGCAUUUCGUCGUCUUGGAGAGAUUAGGACAUUGGGAAUGCUCAGGUCUCGGUUUCAAUCAUUACCAGGUGCUUUAAGUGACUGCCUGAUCCCAGCAGAUAAAGAUAAAGAGCCUAAGAAGGGACUGAAGGCUACAUUCUCCCGCAAAUUUGCCGCGAUCCAAUCUAAUAAAGACGAGGAAGCAGCUAGGUUUGCUCAGAUGUGGAACAAAAUAAUCGAAAGUUUUAGAGAGGAGGAUCUGAUAAAUUUUAGGGAAAUGAACCUGCUACUUGUGCCAUAUCAUGCUGACCCUGAGUUGGACCUUAUCCAGUGGCCUCCCUUUUUACUAGCUAACAAGCUUCCUGUAGCUUUGGACAUGGCUAAAGAUAGCACUGGGAGAGCUCGUGAGCUGAAUAAAAGAUUGAAUUCUGAUAUAUAUAUGCGCUGUGCCAUUCGCGAGUGCUAUGCUUCAUGUAAAAACAUCAUUAACACUUUGGUUUUGGGAGACCGUGAGAAGCGCAUUAUUGAUGAAAUUUUUUCCAAAGUUGAUCAUCACAUAGAGCAGGGUGAUCUGAUACAAGAAUUUAAUAUGAGCAAUCUUCCUAGCCUCUAUGACAACUUUGUGCAGCUCAUAGAGUAUCUGAAAGAAAAUAAGCUGGAUGACAAGGAUCAAAUAGUAAUUGUCUUGCUCAACAUGCUAGAGAUUGUAAUCAGGGACAUAAUGGACGACACUGUUCCUAGCUUGCUAGAUUCCAGUCAUGGUGGGUCCUAUGGAAUGCAUCAGGGGAUGACUCCUCUUGAUCAACAAGUUCAGUACUUUGGGACGCUAAAGUUUCCAAUUACAGAAGAUACGGACGCAUGGAAAGAGAAAAUUGGACGGAUUCAUUUACUGCUUACAGUGAAGGAGUCGGCCAUGGACGUGCCAUCCAAUUUAGAAGCCAGGAGGCGCAUUUCAUUCUUCUCAAAUUCGUUGUUUAUGGACAUGCCUGCUGCUCCUAAAGUUCGCAAUAUGCUGUCCUUCUCCAUCUUAACUCCAUACUACGAUGAGGAAGUUCUCUUCUCCAUUAAUUUGCUGGAUAAGCCAAACGAAGAUGGUGUUUCCAUACUUUUUUAUUUGCAAAAAAUCUUCCCAGAUGAAUGGGAGAAUUUUCUGGAACGCGUUGGUUGCAGAAGCGAAGAAGAUCUUAAGUCAGACCCAAGACUAGAAGAAGAACUUCGUCUGUGGGCAUCAUACAGAGGCCAGACAUUGACCAAAACUGUACGAGGAAUGAUGUACUAUAGGCAAGCUUUGGAACUUCAGGCUUUUCUUGAUAUGGCAAAGUGGGAAGAUUUAAUGAAAGGUUAUAAGGCUGCUGAAUUGAAUACUGAGGAAGACAGAAAUGAAAGGUCACUAAUGGCACAAUGUCAAGCAGUGGCGGACAUGAAGUUCACAUAUGUGGUGUCAUGCCAACAGUAUGGGAUUCAAAAAAGAUCUGGUGAUUAUCGUGCCACAGACAUUUUGAGACUCAUGACAAAGUAUCCUUCUGUGCGUGUAGCUUACAUUGAUGAGCUUGAAGAAACGAGUAAGGAUGGAAUUGAUAAGAAGGUUGAGAAGGUUUAUUAUUCAGCCCUUGUGAAGGCUGUACCAAAAUCUGUUGACUCCUCUGAUCCAGAUCAAAAGUUGGACCAGGUUAUUUAUCGUAUAAAGCUUCCAGGGCCGGCCAUGUUAGGUGAGGGCAAACCAGAAAACCAAAACCAUGCCAUAAUCUUCACACGUGGGGAAGGCUUGCAAACAAUAGAUAUGAACCAGGACAACUACAUGGAAGAAGCCUUCAAAAUGAGGAACUUGUUGCAAGAGUUUCUUAAGACACAUGGUGUGAGGAAGCCAACAAUUCUUGGACUUAGAGAGCACAUAUUUACUGGCAGUGUCUCUUCACUUGCUUGGUUCAUGUCAAAUCAGGAGACUAGUUUUGUUACAAUUGGACAAAGAUUGCUGGCCAAUCCAUUGAAGGUUCGUUUCCACUAUGGCCAUCCGGAUGUGUUUGAUAGAUUGUUUCACUUGACAAGAGGUGGUGUCAGCAAAGCUUCUAAAAUUAUCAACUUAAGCGAGGACAUAUUUGCAGGUUUCAAUUCCACACUACGUGGAGGAAAUGUUACUCAUCACGAAUACAUACAAGUGGGUAAAGGGAGGGAUGUGGGCCUCAACCAAAUCUCGCUUUUUGAGGCAAAGAUAGCUUGUGGGAAUGGAGAGCAAACAGUGAGUCGUGAUGUUUAUAGGCUUGGGCACCGUUUUGACUUUUUCCGUAUGCUGUCGUGUUAUUUCACGACAGUGGGCUUCUAUUUUAGUACCUUGCUUACAGUGCUAACGGUAUAUGUGUUUCUAUAUGGUCGUCUGUAUCUGGUUCUCAGUGGACUGGAAAAAGGUUUGAGUAACCAUCCUGCAAUCCGAGACAAUAAGCCUCUUCAAGUUGCUCUUGCUUCACAGUCUUUUGUUCAAAUUGGACUCUUGAUGGCUUUGCCUAUGAUGAUGGAGAUAGGCCUCGAAAGGGGUUUCCGUACUGCACUAACUGAUUUUGUUCUGAUGCAACUACAACUUGCUCCUGUAUUUUUCACUUUUUCUCUUGGAACAAGGACACAUUAUUAUGGUAGAACCUUGCUUCAUGGGGGCGCACAAUAUCGAGGUACAGGUAGAGGCUUUGUUGUGUUUCAUGCAAAGUUUGCUGACAACUAUCGGUUGUACUCCCGGAGCCAUUUUAUCAAGGGAAUUGAACUGAUGAUUUUACUACUUGUAUACCAUAUAUUUGGUACUGCAUAUAAAGGUCUUCUGGCUUAUGUAUUCAUAACUGUAUCAAUAUGGUUCCUGGUGGGUACAUGGCUUUUUGCUCCUUUUCUCUUCAAUCCAUCUGGAUUUGAGUGGCAGAAAAUUGUAGAUGACUGGACGGACUGGAACAAAUGGAUGAAUAAUCGUGGAGGCAUUGGUGUGCCUCCGGAUAAGAGUUGGGAAUCUUGGUGGGAGAAAGAACAAGUACAUCUUAAUUUUUCUGGGAAUCGUGGUGUUAUUUUUGAGAUAUUAUUAUCCGUGCGGUUUUUUCUAUAUCAGUACGGGCUAAUAUAUCACCUAAGCUUCACCAAGAGAAACAAGAGUAUUCUGGUUUAUGGUCUUUCAUGGCUCGUGAUCUUUGCGAUCUUGCUAGUGGUGAAGGCUGUUUCGCUCGGAAGGAAGAGAUUCAGUGCUGAUCUUCAGAUUGUGUUUCGAUUGAUUAAAGGCCUCAUAUUUCUUUCAUUCGUCGCAGUAUUAAUUACCUUAAUAGCUGUACUUGACAUGACAUUCGUGGACAUUAUAGUUUGUAUUCUCGCAUUCAUGCCCACAGGAUGGGGAUUACUUUCGAUUGCACAAGCUCUAAAGCCUUUAGUUGUGCGUGCUGGAAUCUGGGGAUCGGUUCGAACGCUUGCACGUAGUUAUGAAAUCGUGAUUGGAAUGCUAUUAUUCACUCCUGUUGCAUUCUUGGCAUGGUUUCCUUUUGUUUCCGAGUUCCAAACUCGGAUGUUGUUCAACCAAGCAUUUAGCAGAGGUCUACAGAUUUCUCGUAUUCUCGGUGGACCAAAGAAGGAUCGCUCCGCUGGCAACACAUAGUCCUAACAUUCAGGUUAAAAACGCUUGUGGCUGUAUAUACUUAAACAUUGAUGGCUUCUGUUUGUCUCAGCUUGUGAACAUGCAUAUCUAUAGGUUCUUACAUAAAUUAUAAUCACAAAUGAUACUGGUAUUGUAAAUUAUUCAAAUCUGCAUGCUUGCAUGUUUUUGCAGUUUUACGAGUUUCGUUGUAGAUAUGUACUGAUCGUUUUUUAAGAAAGACGAACGGUCCCUUCUAAA